AACGCCGGCCCUCCAAGACAGGCCAGAGCGGCCCUGUCUGGCUUGCGUGGCGCAGUGCAGCGCUAGAGCGGCCGGCGGGAGGAGUAGAGUCGUCGGGGCCGGAGCCCGGCAGGAGCCGGGCUAGAGCGGCUGGCAGGAGGAGUGGAGCUGGCCGCAAAGGUGGACUCAGGGUGGCUAGAGCGACGCGGCGGCAGGGGUGGGGAGAGUGCGGAGCCGGCGCGCGGAAGCUUCGGUUCCGGUAGCGGCGGUGGCUUCUCUUUCCACCUGGAGCAGCCCUGCAGAGCCCAGGGAGAUGGAAGACGUGGCCCGAGGGGCGGCCUCCCCCGGCCCCUCCCGGCCUGGCCUGGUUCCCGUCAGCAUCAUCGGGGCUGAGGAUGAGGAUUUUGAGAACGAGCUGGAGACGAACUCAGAAGAGCAAAACAGCCAGUUCCAGAGCCUGGAGCAGGUGAAGCGGCGCCCAGCCCACCUCAUGGCCCUCCUGCAGCACGUGGCCCUGCAGUUUGAGCCAGGACCCCUGCUUUGCUGUCUGCAUGCUGACAUGCUGGGCUCACUGGGCCCCAAGGAGGCCAAGAAGGCCUUCCUGGACUUCUACCACAGCUUCCUGGAGAAGACAGCGGUUCUGCGGGUGCCGGUCCCUCCCAACGUCGCCUUUGAACUUGACCGCACUAGGGCUGACCUCAUCUCCGAGGAUGUCCAGCGGCGGUUCGUGCAGGAGGUGGUGCAAAGCCAGCAGGCAGCCGUGGGCCGGCAGCUGGAGGACUUCCGCUCCAAGCGGCUCAUGGGCAUGACGCCCUGGGAGCAGGAGCUGGCCCAGCUGGAGGCUUGGGUUGGGCGGGACCGAGCCAGCUACGAGGCCCGGGAGCGGCACGUGGCGGAGCGGCUGCUCAUGCACCUGGAGGAGAUGCAACAUACCAUCUCUACCGACGAAGAAAAGAGUGCUGCCGUGGUCAAUGCCAUUGGCCUGUACAUGCGCCAUCUUGGGGUGCGGACCAAGAGUGGAGACAAGAAGUCGGGGAGGAACUUCUUCCGGAAAAAGGUGAUGGGGAACCGGCGGUCGGACGAGCCUGCCAAGACCAAGAAGGGGCUGAGCAGCAUCCUGGAUGCCGCCCGCUGGAACCGGGGAGAGCCCCAGGUUCCAGAUUUUCGACACCUCAAAGCAGAGGUUGAUGCCGAGAAGCCAGGUGCUACAGACCGGAAGGGAGGCCUGGGGAUGCCCUCUCGGGACCGGAAUGUCGGGGCUCCUGGGCAGGACACCCCUGGAGUCUCUCUGCACCCUCUGUCCCUGGACAGCCCAGACCGGGAACCAGGUGCCGACGCCCCCCUGGAGCUGGGGGACUCAUCCCCGCAGGGCCCAAUGAGCCUGGAGGCCCUGGCGCCCCCAGAGAGUACCGAUGACGGGGCUGAAACCGAGAGGCUAUCAGGGCGUCUGGGGCGCUCAGAGAGCCUGCGGGUGAGUGACCGCCGCCGGCCUUCCCGGGGCAGCCUCGGGGCUAAGGGCCGGGGUGGGGGCCGCUCCCGGAGCGACGUGGACAUGGACCCCAGUUCCGCCACGGCAGUGCUUGGCCCUGCCCGACGAGCCACCCCCGAGCCUGGAGAUGAGGGGGAGCCGGGGCGGUCGGGACUGGAGCUUGAACCAGAAGAGCCUCCCGGCUGGCGGGAACUCGUCCCCCCAGACACCCUGCACAGCCUGCCCAAGAGCCAGGUGAAGCGGCAGGAGGUCAUCAGCGAGCUGCUGGUGACAGAGGCGGCCCACGUGCGCAUGCUGCGGGUGCUGCACGACCUCUUCUUCCAGCCCAUGGCGGAAUGCCUCUUCUUCUCCUUGGAGGAGCUGCAGAACAUCUUCCCCAGCCUGGAUGAGCUCAUCGAGGUGCAUUCCCUGUUCCUCGAUCGCCUGAUGAAGCGGAGGCAAGAGAGUGGCUACCUCAUCGAGGAGAUCGGGGAUGUGCUGCUGGCCCGGUUUGAUGGUGCUGAGGGCUCCUGGUUCCAGAAAAUCUCCUCCCGCUUCUGCAGCCGCCAGUCGUUUGCCUUAGAGCAGCUCAAAGCCAAGCAACGCAAGGACCCUCGGUUCUGUGCCUUCGUGCAGGAAGCUGAGAGCCGCCCGCGGUGCCGCCGCCUGCAGCUGAAGGACAUGAUCCCUACGGAGAUGCAGCGGCUGACCAAGUACCCCCUGCUCCUGCAGAGCAUCGGGCAGAACACAGAAGAGCCCACGGAACGGGAGAAAGUGGAGCUGGCAGCCGAGUGCUGCCGGGAAAUUCUACACCAUGUCAACCAAGCCGUGCGUGACAUGGAGGACCUGCUGAGGCUCAAGGACUAUCAACGGCGCCUGGACUUGUCCCACCUUCGGCAGAGCAGCGACCCCAUGCUGAGCGAGUUCAAGAACCUGGACAUCACCAAGAAGAAAUUGGUCCACGAGGGCCCACUGACGUGGCGGGUGACUAAGGACAAGGCUGUGGAGGUGCAUGUGCUGCUGCUGGACGACCUGCUGCUGCUGCUCCAGCGCCAGGAUGAGCGGCUGCUGCUCAAGUCCCAUAGCCGGACACUGACGCCCACGCCUGACGGCAAGACCAUGCUGCGGCCCGUGCUGCGGCUCACCUCCGCCAUGACCCGCGAGGUGGCCACCGAUCACAAAGCCUUCUACGUCCUUUUUACCUGGGACCAGGAGGCCCAGAUAUACGAGCUGGUGGCACAGACUGUGUCGGAGCGGAAAAACUGGUGUGCCCUCAUCACUGAGACUGCCGGAUCCCUGAAAGUCCCUGCCCCUGCCUCUCGCCCUAAGCCCCGGCCCAGCCCGAGCAGCACCCGAGAACCCCUCCUCAGCAGCUCUGAGAACGGCAAUGGUGGCCGAGAGACAUCUCCGGCUGAUGCCCGGACAGAGAGAAUCCUCAGUGACCUCCUGCCCUUCUGCAGACCAGGCCCCGAGGGCCAGCUCGCUGCCACGGCCCUUCGGAAAGGAGUUGGAGGAGGAAUUUUGCCGCCUGAGACCCCUCCUGUCUCAGCUUGGGGGGAACUCUGUCCCCCAGCCUGGCUGCACUUGAGGUUCCCACCCAGGAAGGCCUUUUGCAAGAAGGAGAGGAAUGGGGGAGAGGACGUGAGGGACCACCCCCACCCACACAGCUGCCGCAGCAUCUCACACCCCGAGGGCCUGAGGAGAGGGAGCUGUGGGCCACACCUGGAAGGGGCCCAGCUGGGGUUACUGGCCCCGCAUGAGCCUCGGCCAUCUCUCCCUCCUGCCCUCUGCUUGGGGGACUCAGGGCUUCAUUCCGGAGGGCACCACGGUGACCCGGGCCAUCUCAGUAUUGCCUGUGGGGGCCACCCCUCCACCCCCCACCCCCAAGUGCCUUCGCUCUGUUUUUAUACCCCGAAUUGGAGGUUUAUUUUUUAAUAUAUAUUAUCUAAGAAGA